AUCCACGCACACGAUGGAGACGCCGCAACUUUCCCCAAACUAAACUUCCACCAUGAGGAAUGAAAGCAGGACCGGCAUCUGGCAGAGGGAGAGCUAACCUGUUCCUGGAUGCGGUUCUAUUGGCCUCUGAACAAGCAUGUCGCUUCUGUGGAUGUUGGUUCUGUUCCACUCCGCUGGAUGUUUGGAGCUGCACCUUUCUGCCGGUCUCCCACCCGGGACCCUCCUGGCGAACCUGUCCCUCGGAGCCGGCUGGUCGUACAAAGUGGAAAGGACGUUUGGAUUUCUGGAGAGUUUCAUUCACAUUCAUGCCUUUAACGGAGUUGUCAGAGUAAACCGGACGGUCCCGUGCGCGCCGACGAGCCCGGCGCCGGUUCUGUUCAGCGCCACGUCUGUCACCUCCGUGGUUCUGAUGCGUCUUCAAUUCUACACACACGGAUCCAGCUGUGUUUUACAACGCAAGACAAACGAGCCGGACAUUUAUAUCAAACACAAACUGGACCGAGGCUCCUGCUUGGAUGCAGGCGAGUCGCUGCAACUUUUGCCCAAUUUUACGCGCAGCGAGUCGGUGUGCUCCGGAGAACACGUUGACGGCGUGUUCCGCCGCGGGGUUCUGGACCUCGCCAGUGACUUGUGUUUUGACACCACUCGACAGGUGAGGUUCUGGUGCUACCUGCGGAGCUCGUCAGGUGCGCGAAUCUCUUCUCUGGUGACACUUGAACCCAAGUUUCCCCAAAUGAAAACGAACAGAAGGCGAAGGCGACAAACCAACUCGUCACCUCAGUUCCAGCCGACAAAUUAUCAGGUAUCUGUGCCCGAGAACGAGCCCGCUGGGACCCGGGUCAUCACCCUGAAAGCCACUGACUCGGAUGAAGGCGAGGCGGGCAGACUGGAGUACGGCAUGGAGGCUAUGUUUGACAAGAGGUCCGAUGACCUUUUCACCAUUGAUCCCCAGACUGGAAGUGUCACUACUCUCCAGUCUCUGGACCGCGAAAUCAAAGACAUCCAUCUGUUUAAGGUCACUGCCACUGAUAAUGGAACCCCCAAGCGAUCCUCCGUUUCAUUCCUCACCGUCACUGUGAGUGACACCAACGACCACAGUCCUGUGUUUGAGCAAAACGAAUACAGAGUUCAGAUCAGAGAGAAUGUGGAAGUGGGGUCUGAGGUGAUGGGGAUCAGGGCGACGGAUGGCGACGGGCCAACCAACGCCAACAUGAUUUAUAAGAUCGUGGAUGGGGAUGGGGUGAACUCUGUGUUUGAGAUUGAUCCCCGGACCAGCUUGGUGAGGAUCCGACAGAAACCUGACCGGGAGACCCAGGCCCAGUACCAGCUGAUCGUCGAGGCCAAUGACCAGGGCAAGGAUCCGGGUCCUCGCAGCGCCACGGCCACCGUCUACAUCUCCGUGGAGGAUGAGAACGACAACUACCCUCAGUUCAGUGAAAAGAGGUACGUGGUGCGGGUUCCUGAGAAUGUGGCCGUCAACACCAAGGUCAUCCGGGUGGAGGCGACCGACAAAGAUGAGGGCAACAACGCUAAAGUUCACUACAGCAUCAUCAGUGGCAACAUCAAGGGCCAGUUCUACAUCCACUCUCCGACGGGUGUCAUCGACGUCAUCAAUCCUCUGGAUUACGAAAUGAUUCGAGAGUAUAAUUUAAGGAUUAAAGCCCAAGAUGGCGGGAGACCUCCGCUGAUAAACAGCACAGGGAUGGUGGUGGUCCAAGUAGUGGAUGUUAACGACAACGCCCCCAUGUUCGUAAGCACACCAUUCCAGGCGACCGUUUUGGAAAACGUUGCGAUUGGUUAUUCUGUGAUCCACAUUCAAGCGAUCGAUGGAGACUCUGGGGAAAAUGCCCUCCUGGAAUACCAGCUGACAGACACCAUGCCUGGUUUUCCCUUCACCAUCAACAACAGCACUGGCUGGAUCACUGUCAGCGAGGAACUUGACAGGGAGACGACAGAGUUCUACACCUUUGGCGUGGUCGCAAGAGACCAUGGCGUUCCUGUGAUGUCGUCCUCGGCUAGUGUCAGCAUUACCGUGCUUGACGUGAACGACAACGUGCCGACCUUCACAGAGCAGAUGUAUUCAUUGAAGAUAAACGAGGACGCCGUGGUGGGCACCAGCGUCCUGACGGUGACAGCCGUGGACAGGGACGUCAACAGUGUGGUUGCUUAUCAAAUCACGAGCGGAAACACCAGGAAUCGUUUCGCCAUCACCAGUCAAAGCGGCGGUGGACUCAUCACCUUGGCUCUCCCCUUGGACUACAAGCAGGAGCGACAGUAUGUGUUAACCAUCACCGCCAGUGAUGGGACUCGCUACGACACCACGCAAGUGUUUCUCAACGUUACGGACGCCAACACUCACCGACCGGUCUUCCAAAGUGCCAACUAUCAGGUGACGUUAAGUGAGGAACGGCCAGUUGGCUCCACUGUGGUGGUGAUAAGCGCCACAGACGAGGACACCGGGGAGAACGCUCGCAUCACGUACGUCAUGGAGGACAACUUCCCUCAGUUCAAAAUCGACCCAGACAACGGAGCUAUCACCACACAAAUGGAGAUCGACUAUGAAGACCAGGCGUCUUACACUUUAGCCAUAAUCGCUAGAGACAACGGAAUCCCUCAAAAGUCUGACACGACAUACGUUGAGAUCAUCAUCCUGGAUGCAAACGAUAAUGCUCCUCAGUUCCUGCGGGACACUUAUGAGGGAACGGUUCAGGAAGACGCUUCCACCUACACCAGCGUACUCCAGAUCUCUGCGUCGGACAGAGAUUCAGGCUCCAACGGUAGACUGAGCUACACCUUCCAAGGCGGUGACGACGGCGAAGGGGAUUUUCUUAUAGAACCGUAUUCUGGUAUAAUCAGAACUGCUCGCAAACUGGACCGGGAGAACGUCGCUGUGUACAACCUCAAGGCCUUUGCCGUGGAUCGAGGUGUUCCUCCUCUUAAAGCCGCCGUUUCAAUUCGCAUCAACGUCAAGGACAUAAAUGACAACGCUCCUGUAUUUGAUAAAGAUGUGCUUUACAUUGAAGUGGAGGAAAACAGCCCAGUCGGGUCGGUUGUUGCCCGGAUCACGGCCACCGACCCGGAUGAGGCCACAAACGCUCAAAUCAUGUACCAAAUCGUUGAAGGGAACUACCCUGAAGUUUUUCAGCUGGACCUCUUCAACGGCGACCUCACCGCGCUCACUGACUUGGAUUAUGAGACCAGAACCGAGUACGUCAUCAUCGUACAGGCCACAUCGGCCCCCCUGGUGAGCCGAGCCACCGUGCACAUCCGCCUCAAAGACAUGAACGACAACCAUCCUGUGAUGCAGAACUUUGAGAUCAUCUUCAAUAAUUACGUCACCAACAAGUCAAACAGUUUUCCAUCUGGGAUUAUUGGGAAAGUACCAGCACACGACCCGGACGUCUCGGAUAAACUUCGCUACAAAUUUGAAUCAGGGAAUGAGCUGAGUUUAUUGCUGCUGAACGAGGAUACCGGGGAUCUAAGGCUGAGUAGAGACCUGGACAACGACAGACCACUGGUUGCACCGAUGAUCAUCUCCGUCACAGAUGGGGUUCACAAAGUGGAGGCCAAGUGCACGCUGCGAGUGACCAUCAUCACGGAUGACAUGCUGACCAACAGCAUCACUGUGCGUCUUGAGAACAUGUCACAGGAGCGCUUCCUUUCGCCGCUGCUCAGUCGCUUCAUGGAGGGCGUGGCGACUGUACUGUCCACCAAGAGGGAGGAGGUGUUUGUCUUCAACAUCCAGAACGACACGGACGUCCAGGGGUCCAUCCUCAACGUUACCUUCUCGGCCUUGCAGCCGGGAGGUGCACAAGGAAAGGGCACCUUUUUUCCUUCCGAGGAGUUGCAAGAGCAGAUCUACCUCAACAGAACUCUGCUGCGGUUGAUUUCUUCCCAAGAGGUUUUACCAUUCGAUGACAACAUCUGCCUGCGGGAGCCCUGUGAGAACUACAUGAAGUGUGUGUCGGUGUUGAAGUUUGACAGCUCGCCGCCUUUCAUCAGCUCAGACACUGUUCUAUUUCGGCCGAUCCACCCCAUCAAUGGCUUGCGCUGCCGAUGUCCCGUCGGUUUCACCGGUGACUACUGUGAGACAGAGAUCGAUCUUUGUUACUCUGGACCGUGUAAGAACAACGGAAGGUGUCGCAGCAGAGAAGGAGGCUACACCUGCGAGUGUCAAGAGGACUUUACUGGUGAACAUUGUGAAGUGAACGCCUCCUCGGGCCGCUGUGUUCCUGGUGUGUGCAAGAAUGGCGGCAAGUGUGAGAACCAUGAGGGAGGUGGCUUCAAGUGCCAGUGUCCGCCAGGCGAGUAUGAGAAGCCAUACUGCGAGAUGACCACCAGGAGCUUCCCUGGAGAGUCCUUCGUCACCUUCAGAGGUCUGAGGCAGCGAUUCCACUUCACUGUGUCCUUCACGUUCGCCACCCGAGAGAGGAACGCUCUGCUGCUCUACAACGGACGCUUCAAUGAGAAACACGACUUCAUCGCAGUGGAGAUCAUCAACGAGCAGAUCCAGCUCACCUUCUCUGGAGGUGAGACAAAGACCACGGUGACCCCCUUCGUCCAAGGAGGAGUGAGCGACGGCCAGUGGCACUCAGUCCAGCUUCAUUACUACAAUAAGGACGGGGGGAGUCUGGUGGACUCCAGUGGGGUUCUUCGGUUCCCGCUCUAUACCGCCUGGCUGGAGCUCAAUCUGAAGGAGCCAAACAUCGGACGACUCGGCAUCCCACACGGACCGUCCGGUGAGAAGGUGGCUGUGGUGGCAGUGGAUGACUGCGACAUCUCCAUGGCAAUACGUUUUGGAAAACAGAUUGGAAACUACUCCUGCGCCGCUCAAGGAAGCCAGACAGGACUGAAGAAGUCACUAGAUCUAACUGGACCACUGUUGCUGGGCGGUGUUCCCAACCUGCCUGAAGACUUUCCGGUCCGCAACAGGGACUUUGUGGGCUGCAUGAGGAACCUGAGCAUUGACAGUCGGCCUGUUGACAUGGGUAGCUUCAUCGCUAACAACGGCACCAGCGCAGGUUGUCCUGCAAAAAUAAACUUCUGCACACCAGGUGUGUGUCAGAAUGGUGGCGUUUGUGUGAGCAAGUGGAACACCUAUGGUUGCGACUGCCCGACCGGUUAUGGAGGCAAGAACUGCGAACAAGUGAUGCCAUCGCCGCAGUUCUUCGACGGCCAGGCGCUAGUGUCUUGGAGCGAACCUGAUGUAACAGUUGCUAUACCAUGGUAUAUGGGACUCAUGUUCAGGACAAGGCAACCAGCUGGUACCCUGUUGCAAGCCAGUGCCGGUCAUUCCUCAACCAUCAACCUCAUGGUGAGUGACCAACAGGUUCGCAUGGAGGUUUCGAUGCAGCAAAAGCUGGUCGCGACACUCAGCUUUCCCCAAGUUCGGGUCAAUGACGGAGAGUGGCAUCACCUACUGGUUGAACUGAGAAGCAUCAAAGAAGGCAAGGAUAUCCAAUACAUUGCAUCCGUUUCGCUGGACUACGACAUGUACAAGAAGUCUGUGGAGAUUGGUAAUGACCUUCCAGGGUUAAAGCUGAAGACUCUGUAUGUCGGAGGUUUGCCUGGUAAGGGGAACCAUGUCAAAAGGGGGUUCGUUGGAUGCAUACAGGGUGUUCGCAUGGGAGAGACAUCCACGAACGUGGCCAAUGUAAACAUGGCUCAGGGGUUGAAGAUCCGAGUGGAAGAAGGCUGUGACGUGGCUGACCCAUGUGAUUCCAACAUUUGCCCUGAACAUAGCCACUGUAGCGACGACUGGACGACCCACACGUGUGUCUGCGACCCUGGUUACUUUGGAAGGGAGUGUGUGGAUGCUUGUAAACUCAACCCUUGCGAACACGUGUCUUCCUGCGUGCACAAGCCCAGCUCCUCUCACGGCUACACGUGCGAAUGUGGACAGAACUACUACGGCCAGUACUGCGAAAACAAGGUGGAGAAGCCAUGUCCUCAGGGUUGGUGGGGUAGUCCUGUGUGUGGACCGUGCAACUGUGCCACCAGUCAAGGGUUUCAUAAGGACUGCAACAAGACCACCGGUGAAUGUCGCUGCAAGGACAAUCACUACCGACCGGAAGGGGAGGACACUUGCUACCCCUGCGACUGCUUCUCUGUGGGCUCUGAGUCUCGGACCUGUGACCCGGUCACUGGCCAGUGCCCCUGCAAAGGCGGAGUCAUCGGGCGCCAGUGUAACCGUUGUGAUAACCCGUUCGCUGAAGUCACUGCCACAGGAUGUGAAGUGGUUUACGAAAACUGUCCAAAAGCCUUCGACUCUGGUAUCUGGUGGCCCAAGACCAAGUUUGGACGUCCUGCCGCCAUGAACUGUCCAAAGGGAUCCAUCGGCACAGCCAUCCGUCACUGCAGCAAUGACAAAGGCUGGUUGACGCCGGAACUUUUCAACUGCACCACUGCAAGCUUCGCACCUCUCAAGAAACUGAAUGAGGAGCUGCACCGCGACAGUAGUCGGAUGGACAGUGAGCGCUCCAAGGCCAUUGUGCGUUUGCUACAGAGCGCCACCAACACCACUACUCAUUACUACGGCAAUGAUGUGAAGACGGCGGCACAGCUGCUUAACCAGGUGCUUUCGUACGAAAGCAGGCAGGCAGGGUUCAACCUCAGCGCCACGAAGGACGCAGAGUUCAACGAGAACCUGGUACGAGCUGGAAGUGCUAUUCUGGAUCCAGAGAUGAAGGAGCAUUGGGAGCAGAUCCAGAAGACGGGUGGCGGCACAGCACAUCUGCUACGCAACUUCGAGGACUAUGCUAACACACUGGCGCAGAAUGUUCGGAAGACUUACCUGAAACCAUUCACCAUCGUCACGGAAAACAUGAUCAUCACUGUGGACUAUCUGGACAUGUCAGACCCUGAAAGGGCUUCCUUCCCGCACUUCCAAGACAUCCAUGAGGAAUAUCCAAGAGAGCUUGGCUCUUCCGUGCACUUCCCUGAAUUUAACUUACAAUCCCUGGGACACAAAGAAGAACCAACUCUCGCACCCGAAGCUCAGACUGAUCCACCUCCACCGGAGGAGCAAACACUGGCUGACAGGAAGCGGCGCCACCUAGAACAAGUGGCUCACAUGCCUGUUGCUGUCGUUAUCGUGUACAAAUCCCUCGGAGAGCUGCUACCGGAGAGAUACGACCCCGACAGGAGAAGCCUGCGUGUCCCAAAUCGGCCAGUCAUCAACACGGCCAUUGUUAGCACCACUGUGCACAGCGAGGGGACUCCACUACCCCACAUCCUAGACCCGCCCAUCACCCUGGAGUACACCCUGCUGGAGACCAAGGAAAGGACCAAACCUGUCUGCGUGUUCUGGAACCACUCGCUCGCGAUUGGUGGGACGGGUGGCUGGUCCUCUAAAGGCUGCGAGGUGCUUCACCGGAACGUCACUCACAUUUCCUGUCAGUGCAACCACAUGACCAGCUUUGCUGUGCUCAUGGAUAUCUCCAAGAGAGAGCACAACGACGUCUUGCCUCUGAAAAUCGUCACCUACGCGACUGUGUCCGUCUCCCUCUUCCUCCUCCUCCUCACAUUCAUCUUGCUGUGCCUGCUGCGGCGACUCAGCUCCAACCUGCACGUCAUCCACAGGAACCUGGUGGCAGCGCUUCUGUUCUCGGAGCUGGUCUUUCUGCUGGGAAUCAACCAGACAGAGAAUCCGUUUGUGUGCACCGUCAUCGCCAUCCUCCUGCACUACUUCUACAUGUGCACCUUUGCCUGGAUGUUUGUGGAGGGUCUCCACAUCUACCGCAUGUUGACUGAGCUGCGAAACAUCAACCACGGACAUAUGAGGUUCUACUAUGCCAUCGGGUGGGGCAUCCCCGCCAUUAUCACUGGUUUGGCCGUCGGUCUGGAUCCUCAAGGUUAUGGGAACCCAGAUUUCUGCUGGCUGUCGGUUCAUGACACGCUUAUCUGGAGCUUCGCUGGUCCAAUUUUUGUUGUUGUCCUGGUGAACAUUGUGAUCUUCAUUCUGGCUGCCAAAGCUUCUUGUGGUCGCAGGCAGAAGGCGAUGGAGAAAUCUGGAGCCAUUCCUGCUUUACGUAUGGCCUUCAUCCUACUGCUGCUCAUCAGCGCUACCUGGCUGCUUGGCCUGAUGGCAGUCAAUAGUAAUGUGAUGACCUUCCACUACCUAUUUGCUAUCUUCAGCUGUCUUCAGGGAGUCUUCAUCUUCUUCUUCCACAUCAUCUUCAACAAGGAUGUGAGGAAGAACCUGAAGAAUGUCUUUACAGGGAAAAAGACCAUGGCAGAGGAGACGGCAGCGACACGGGCGUCUCUGCUCACCCGCUCGCUCAACUGUAACAACACGUACACAGAAGACGGCCCACUGUACCGCUCUGGCAUUGGGGAGUCCACUGUGUCCCUGGACAGCACCAUCAGGUCAGCCAAGAGUCGCAGCAGCUACCUGGCAUACACACUCAGGGAGGAGUCAGGCCUGAAACCAGGCGGCUCAUCGGGGACCGCAAAAGGACACACAGACCUGGAUGGACCGCUCUUCCAUCGCAACGGCACUAAAGCGGAUGAUUCAGACUCAGACAGCGAGCUGUCAGUGGACGAUCACAGCUCAUCGUACGCGUCUUCACACUCCUCGGACAGUGAGGACGAUGACCUCGACAUCAAACCCAAAUGGAACAAUGAGAGACAGCCAAUCCACAGCACUCCAAAAGUGGAAUCGGUGUCCAAUCACGUGAAGCCCUACUGGCCGACAGACGCCACUACAGCCAGUGACAGUGAGGACCCCGGCGGCAUUGAACGGCUGCGAGUGGAGACCAAAGUCAAUGUGGAGCUGCACUCAGACAACAAGCUCAACCACACGGGGGAGUCAGAGAGGGCGCCGUCACUGGACCGGGACAAACAAACCCCAGUUAAAGACUCUACGUCGACAGGUUUGCCGAACAGCAACCAUCAGCCGGAGCAAAGGAAAGGAAUCCUAAAGAACAAAAUCAGUUACCCACCGCCUCUAAACGACAAGAACAUGAAGAACCGCCUGAGGGAGAAGCUGAGCGACUACAACUCCCCCACCAUCACAUCGCCCCCGCCCAUCAACAUCAGCACCUCCUCACCGCCCCCAUCCGUUAACAUCAUGACCUCCUCGUCGCCACCUCCAUCAGUGACGUACAAUGAUGGCGGUCGCGCCGGCAACCACGCCAACAGCACAUUUAUUAAACCACCGGUAGCUCCGCGGCCGCAGCUCCCUGUCGGGUCGGCACCAGCCGGAAUCUACCGGGACACUAACGGUGGAGUAGCAAUGCACUUGAAGUCGGGGAACGUCAACGGAGGCAAUGAGUCAGACUCAGAUGGCAGUAAUGAGACCUCCAUCUGACUUACCAGGAAAACCCAGACCAGCCUGCCGCUGUGAGUGGGACUUCCUUCUCUCUGUGGAGAGCAGUAUUACUGUUGCAGACGCUUGAGCUGCCCAGAGUUGUUGAGAAAAAAAAGGGAUCGUGCCAAAACUGUACGAGGGAUCAGGACGGCGAGUCAGACCAUGAAGAAACUUCCUGAAUGUAGAACUCUCACUGUGCCCUCGGACUUUUGGGACACUUCACAUGCAUUUCGUGGAACUGUGUAGAUAAUACAUAUUUCACCCUGGAUUGAGGCCUUAAACACAAGAACUGCUGCCGUGGCCUUUUUGAGUGACAAUGAAUGUGCCUGAAGAAGCACGAUGAAGCCAACUCAAUAUCCCAUGAUGCCUUUCUGCCACCAGAUUAUCCUCAGUGUUUUGUCCCUGUUUGUAAAUCUGUUUUUUUUUAAGCCAGACACUGGAAAUGUUUUUUGUAACAUAAUGUAUAUUUAUUUUUUAUUGUUUAAAAACACUGGAGAGAAGAAAUAAGAGAUUGUGAGAUUAA